GAACUGAAAGAAGGAAAGAGAUUCGCAGCGCGUUGCUAAGGCAACCACCGCUCCUGCGCCGAGCUAAAUCGGGCCUACCUGUCUGGAGACCACGUGACCGAUCCUGGCGCUCCACCAAUCAGAGGAAAGGACAGGUGAGCUCGUGCUGGUUUCGGAGGCGGAAUAAGACCGGUUCUAGUAACACACAGCGACGCUAUAAAGCCUGUCAGUGGAACAGUCCAGUGCGCACACUGCUGAGGAACUAGCACACUGCUGAGGAACUAGCACAUAAACUCAAAUCAUGAACCAUGAACGUGUGUGUGGAUUCAGAGGACCGGAAGCGCGGCGGGGUGUGUAGUGUGCGGAUUUACUCAGCAGACGAGGAGCGCGCGAGCACCGCUCUGUCGGGCAGGCCCUGGACUUCACAGCAUCUUCUCUUCUCUACCACAACAUCCAGGUUUUAAAACAAAAUGACUGAAAAGACGGCCCCUUGGUGGAGAUCCUUCGUGGGGAAGAGACGGAAAGCUGCCAGAGAAUCGGCGUCGAUCAUGGAGCAGGAGAUCGCGGCUCACAUGGCCGCCGAAUCCGACCAACAACCCCACGCCGUCACCACCACUCCGGAGCAGAGAAGCGCCUCAGCGGCCAGUUCCCAAGCAGCAGGAGGACAAGCCGAUGACACUUACGAUGACUCUGUCGUGCAGCCGACGUUCAAUGAGAGCGCGAACCGCCGCAACCUGCACGUGUCGCGCUCGGGCCGCUUCAAAGAGAAACGACGCACGCGCGUGGGCCUGCCGGAUCAGUACGAACACACGGACAGGGUGGAGUCACCGAGCAAAGGCGACAUGAACUAAACAUCUAGUUAAGCCUCUGCUAUUCGUCCUUGAUUCUGGACUGGAGGAAUACUUUGCUCUGGUAGAACGUGCGUGCUACGUGAUGUGUAAUCAGGUGAUCAGCCACCGUCCGCGUAUUGUCCCCUUGAGGUUGCGUGAUAGUAUAUUUGUGUGGGCGAUCAGCUGCACGCACCACAGAAAAGCAGCUCAAACUAGAACGUGACUUAGUGAUGCGUCUGCACUUCCUGGACCUGCUUCGACAAUCCAGAGUACCUGAACAACUGGACUGGUCUCUCCUGACUCACACACUGAUCAGGUGUGACACAGAUGCACGUGAUAUAUGAAGUUUUAUCUGUACAGUUUACGUUCUAUAUUUUGGAAUCUAAAUGUUUUA